AUGGGUUGUUCCAGAUAUUAUUCAGAAGAACAGCAUACCUUGAUUAUAGGUUUUCCCCUCUCCAAUCAAUUUUUUAAAGAAGUGCAGAAAAUGAUAGGCUGCUCAGCUAAAAUGAUCGCAAAUGCUUUAAAAUGGUAACCAAAACCUGAAAGACGUGGAAGAAAGUGAAAAACUACCAUUCGAAUGGAUAGAAUAGCCAAAAUGGCAAGGACUCAGCCAACAAUCAGCUCCAGGAAGAUCAAAGAAGGUCUAAAGUUACCUGUGAGUACUGUUACAAUUAGACGCCUAUGUGAAGCCAAGCUAUCUGCAAGAAGCCCCCGCAAAGUCCCACUGUUGAAAAAAAGACGUGCUGAAGAGGUUACAAUUUGCCAAAGAGCA